AUGGAAGAGAAGUUUGAUAUAAUGUUCAUGAACACCACCGCCACUAGUGAUCAUGCUUGGGCACCUUCAUCUAGUGUACUUCCAACUCAUGAUUCAUCCGAAUGUGAUGGUAUUUUACUCGACAGUGGUGAUGAUUCUGAUGAUCUCGUAUACGUACUAGAUGAAACAAUUCAAGUUACUGAAAAAUCUUGUGGGAAGGGGAAAAAGAGAACAAAUCAACAACUUGAUACACAGGUUAAGAAAGAGAAGAACAGAAAUAGAGUUGCUACAAAAGUGGGGAUGGUAAGAGGUGCUGUUAAAUUGUCACAACAAAUUGAGCGGAUGGUUGAUGUAGUGGAGAAUAGGAGUACAACUUCAGUGAUGGUCCCAAGGUAG